AUGGACGGUUACGAUGGAACCGUUAGGCUUGGAGCUAUUAACAUGAAGUAUGAUCGCGGCGAAUUUGACUCCGGUGCCGACGUGUCGGUUUCUUCUCCGGUUACUAAACAGAAAGCCGCCGCCGCUAAACAAUUCAUCGAGAAUCAUUACAAGAAUUAUCUUCAAGGAUUGCAGGAUCGCAAAGAUAGACGUAGAGCGCUUCAAAGGAGAGUGCAGGAAUCUCAAUUACCGGUGGAAGAGCAGGAAGUGAUGAUGAGGAAUUUGGAGCGCAAAGAAACCGAGUACAUGAGGCUUCAAAGACGUAAAAUUGGAAUUGAUGACUUUGAGCAAUUAACAGUAAUUGGUAAAGGUGCUUUCGGUGAGGUUAGGUUAUGCCGUGGUAAAAGUAGUGGAGAGAUUUUCGCCAUGAAGAAAUUAAAGAAGUCAGAGAUGCUUAGCCGUGGGCAGGUGGAACAUGUACGAUCUGAGAGGAACUUGCUGGCAGAGGUUGAUAGCCGAUGCAUAGUAAAACUCCAUUAUUCAUUCCAAGAUUCAGAUUUCCUAUAUCUCAUCAUGGAAUAUUUACCUGGCGGCGACAUUAUGACACUGUUAAUGAGAGAAGAUAUUCUUUCUGAAAAUGUUGCUCGCUUCUACAUUGCUGAAAGUAUUCUUGCCAUCCAUUCAGUACAUCAACACAACUAUGUGCAUAGGGAUAUAAAGCCAGAUAACCUUAUACUGGAUAAAAAUGGUCAUUUGAAGCUUUCAGACUUCGGCUUAUGUAAGACUCUUGAUGACAAGUAUUCAACAAUUUUAUUAGAAAAUGAAGAUUUUAACGGUCAAGAAUCAACUAGUGAAACUGAAGGAUAUUUUGUCUCCCCUUGGUUGAUGCCAAAGGAAAAAUUACAGCAGUGGAAACGUAAUCGCCGUGCAUUGGCAUAUUCAACUGUUGGAACUCUUGACUACAUGGCUCCUGAAGUUUUGCUCAAGAAGGGGUAUGGAAUGGAGUGUGAUUGGUGGUCUCUUGGGGCAAUCUUGUAUGAGAUGCUUGUUGGAUAUCCUCCUUUUUGUUCUGAUGAUCCAAGGAUGACCUGCCGGAAGAUUGUGAAUUGGAAAGCAUGCCUGAAAUUCCCCGAAGAACCCAAGAUAUCAGCUGAAGCUAAGGAUCUCAUCUGUAGCUUAUUAUGUGAUGUUGACACAAGACUAGGAACGAGGGGAGUAGACGAAAUAAAGGCUCAUCCAUGGUUCAAGGGUAUUCAGUGGGACAUGCUUUAUGAAUCGGAAGCUGCAUAUAAACCUACAGUCAUCGGAGACUUGGACACACAAAACUUUGAGAAGUUUCCUGAUGUAAGUACAUAA